CACACGUCGCGUUGCAUAGUCCUUGGCGCGUAAGCACCAUCGACUACCAGCCGCCCCACAACCGCUUUCCGAAACGAUGGCUGUUUUCACGAAGCUCUGCUUACCAGACAUUGUCAAAUUAAAACGCUAGUUAGUAAACGCUGUCGUGUCCAUCUUCGCGUUUGUCGGUGGUCAUUGAAUAGAAUUUACUAAUUUUAACGUUUUUAAGGUACAAUAUCUUCGUUCUUUGUUUUUGGUUUUUUCCCACCUACACCUCUUUUCCGUUUUCACUCGGCCUCGGUCACCCUAGUCCGAAGCGUUCUACCCAAUUGUUGCACAAUCUGUUGGUUUCUGCUCACUAAAUCAUUCAAAUCCUUCGUCUGUUUCUGUUAAAACCCUAAAAAAAAACACCAUCUGGUUCAUUGUGAUACUGUGUACUUGCCUAGGAAUCGGUUUGUUUGAGCUUUUUUACUCGGUUUUCUGUUUUUGGAAAAACUUACAAAACUUAAAUUGCCCGACCGAACACUGUUUUGUUUGACAAACCAACCGUUUCCUCGAUUCCGAUACUUAACUACUCCCCGCUGGUAGAUUAUCUCAAGUACACACUCUAGUAUUAGGCACUACUUUACAUACUUAAUAAUUUUAAUACUAAAGUUUAGCGAACACCACACACCGAUCGCUUGGUAAAAGUGUGUUUGUGUGUGCGCGUUUGUGGUGUGAUCGCUGAGAUUGUUACCCGACAGCCACGGUUGGCACGUGGUUAGGUUACGCAUUUUGUUCGAGUCCCUGGCAGAGCUUUCCUUCUGAGGGCCCUGCGUGUAGGCGUAUGUUCGAGUAGCUGGAGAGCAAACUGAAGGUUUCCUUUCGUUUUUGGGAAUUGCUUUGGCGAAUGCAAACACCGAGAGCUAAUAUUGCAUUGCAGUGGACCUGCAAACCCGCGCAGCAACAGCAUCCUUGAAGCAGGCAUUCAAGUUCAAGUUUGGCUUACUCUAGUUCGUUUGGCUCGUGUAGUUAAAAAAAGGGGAAAGUUUUCUUUUUCUGUUCCAAACGAAAGCACACACACAUUCACAUCUCAAAGCGUGCCCUUGCGUUGUUUCGGUUGACCCAAAGGACGAGUAUUUAUUGAAGGACAAUUUCUGUUUGUCUCUUAAAGCAUUAGUUUAGCAUCUUAAGUAGCACUACUUCCUGUGUGUGUCUCUCGCUCUGUAUCUCUAUCUCUGGUGAGGCACCCAGCCUAGCCAACAAACAAUCCCUGUUCCUCCUGCCUUCACUUUCUCACUUCACCGUGUCCGCACGCGGAGAUCCGCUUGGCCGGAACCCAGUCGAUCUUCCAAUAAUUCGCAACGCCCAAGGCUAGAACAUCUGUUCUCUGCUGAGAUAGCAAAAACAACCAAAAUGGAUCCAUUUGCACCGGAAAUCCUGUGGAUCGUGAUCCUCGGAUUUGUCAUCGCGUUCGUCCUCGCAUUCGGCAUCGGAGCGAACGAUGUCGCGAACUCGUUCGGUACCAGCGUCGGGUCCGGUGUGCUCAGCAUACGCCAAGCCUGCUGGCUGGCAACGGUAUGCGAAGUGUCCGGCGCGGUGCUUAUAGGCUACAAGGUGUCCGAUACGAUGCGGAAAGGUAUCCUGGAAGUCGAAAUGUACAAAGGCAGCGAGGUGGAGCUGAUGCUCGGUUGCCUCUCGGCGCUCGGCAGCUCAGCCCUGUGGCUGCUGGUGGCCACAUUCCUAAAGAUGCCCAUCUCCGGUACGCACAGCAUCGUCGGCUCCACGAUCGGUUUCAGCCUGGUUGCGCGCGGUACACAAGGCCUCAAAUGGAACACGCUGUUCACGAUCAUCGGAUCGUGGUUUGUUUCGCCCGUACUCAGUGGCCUGGUCAGUGUGCUGCUCUUUUGGACCAUCCGCAAGUUUAUCCUGCACGCGAAGAACCCGCUCCGGGCCGGUCUCCUCUCAUUGCCCCUCUUCUACGGUGCGACCCUGGCUGUGAAUGUUUUUAGUAUCGUGCACGACGGACCGAAACUGCUGUGUAUGGAUGGCAUCCCGGUGUGGGUAGCGCUUACCGUCAGCCUAACGAUCGGAACUGUGGUAGCAGUGCUUGUCCAGAUGUUUAUAGUGCCCUGGCAAAGGCGCAAGAUUCUCAAUGGUGGCGCCGGCACACAGAGGACAGAGUUUACCCUGGGUGACUCUGACGGCGAUUCCUCAUCGAACGGCAGCCCACGUCGACCGAAGCGUCCUUUGUCUCUGGUUACGGGUGACGGAAAACCGCUGCCGGCGAUCACCGAAACCACGGAAUUGGUUUCGCUGUCCUCCCAGCAGAUGGGCGGAACCCAGAAUGGGCUGAUGAAGAAGCUAUCCAGCGAUCUGUCACCCACCGUUGGCGCUGGCGGACCGUACAGCUUCAAUCCGGAUUUUGUGAAGAAAGCCAACAGCCUACUCAGCGCCCAGGACAAAACUAGUCUAGACAACACGGAUCUUACGGUGACGAGCUUGAACUUUAUCGACGAGUAUCAAUCGUUCAACGGGAACGGUCGCUUCCACCUUGGCACGUACUUUGACCAGCGUAACAGCACGACCGUGUCACCGAAAUCGCCAGACUCGGGCCAGCUGAGCAACGGAGCGCUAAAAGAGCAAUCGCAGCCGGCCAUGAUUGCACUUCAGAACGGAAAAACGACGGCCAGCCCGAAGAGCGACGGCGCACUCCCGCUCACCGACUACACGCUAGUGCCCCAGAGUAUGCUAAUGGGCGGUACCGGGAACGACAUCAAAAAGGAUCUGUCCAAGAUUGAAGCUGCCGCUGGUCUCGAGCACCCGCUGAUCAGUGCGACGCUGUCGCCCAACUCAAGUAAAGUGCCACUGAUCGGGGGGAAGGAAGGUUCGGAAGAAGACAACCGGAUUCGCAAGGUGACCGAGGAAGAGCCGGAAGAUGUGUCGGCACUGUUUUCUUUCCUGCAAGUGCUUACGGCAACCUUCGGUAGCUUCGCUCACGGUGGAAACGAUGUGAGCAAUGCCAUUGGACCCCUGAUUGCUCUGUUCAUGAUCUACCGCGAGGGUUCGGUGCUGCAGAAGUCCGAAACGCCGUUGUUGAUUCUUUUGUACGGUGGGGUAGGUAUUUCCGUCGGUCUUUGGCUGUGGGGCCGCCGCGUGAUCGAAACGAUCGGCAAUGAUCUCACCAAAAUUACCCCCUCAACUGGUUUUACCAUAGAAAUUGGUGCCGCCCUGACCGUGCUCAUUGCGUCCAAGAUCGGUCUGCCCAUCUCGACAACCCAUUGCAAGGUCGGUUCGGUCGUGUUCGUGGGCCAGGCCAACGCUCGGCCAACGACAAAAACUACACCACAUCAUGCAGUCACCGCACAGCAAAAGGCCGUCGACUGGGGCUUGUUCCGUAACAUCGUGUACGCCUGGGUUGUUACCGUACCGGUGGCCGCGCUGCUCAGUGCUGGCUUUAUGUUGGCUCUUCGAGCGAUGGUAUUACCGUAAACCUUGGCACCGAUUCUUAACAACAUCCCACUUAAAGGACAACAAACUAGUGAUAGAAUACGACAGAACACCCUCGAAGACCACUGACCGCAAAAGAGAACAGCAGUCGUCAUGGACUCUCAAAUUGAACAAACCGACAGUGCAAAAUAACGGGGCGGAAAACAUACAAAAAGAAAAGUGGUAUAAUCCAUGCUUGAUUGCACAAAAGAAUUGGUGAGUGCGUGACAACGUUCAAUUCAGCCCUGGUUUUGAAAGGACCUUCCUUUCACCGUUGGACAUCGAUGCUGCUCCGUCUUAUCUCCAGAACUUUAUGUAACUUAAGAUCCGUUUGAUAAUGUUAGUUUUGCGACUCGUUUGACCGAUCUUUCCCCAUCUCAGAAUCAUUUAGCGACACAAAACUUUAGCCUUCAUGCGAGACCCAAUGGUUCGUUCAAUUAGUAUCGAACUGUUACAACUUCUAGUGUUUUCCUUUUCUGAUUUUGUUUCGAACACUCUCUUCCAUGGAGUGCUAGGUAUCGCUAGGUCUUCUCACCAUUAAACUGUUCCAUUUAGUUGUACUUUAAUCAUUUUUUCUCACUAGGCUUAUGAGUGCUACGGUCUAAAGACUGAAGAAAAAACGGUCAAUGAUUAGCUGCGUACGAAAUACAACGGUCACAUGAAGCCGUACGAUAAACCUGUUGCUGGCCAAGCAGGUAUUAAUCCGUUGGAAAGAGCUGGUGAGAGAGCAACAGUUAGGCAACAGAAGCGUUUAGUAUUGCGAUGAAUGAGUGGAUACAUCUAAGAAGCGCAUAUUUCGUUGGCACGGCCGAGAGGAUAGGGUUUGAUUAACUAUGUUGCAAAACCGAUCAAUCAUUCAUCUAACUGCAGCGUAGUAAGCACACGGACAAAAUGUUACGAAAAAUUUAAAAUAUCUAAAUAAUUUGCGGCCGAAAACACGUUACACAUAAAAUAGUCCAUUACAAAUACAAACAAUGCUAUGGCAGACGGAAGGAAGAAGCAACCGGCAAACAAACAUCUAAAGCAUUAGCCGUACCAUCUAACGUAGUCGUCGUUAGUGUUACUUAGUGAGGUACAGUCCAGUAGCAUAUAAUGCAGAAAAACAAACAUGCAACUGUAGCGAGUAGAGUGAGAUUUCCGUAGCCGAAAUGUGUCGAUAAGAAAUACAUGAAACCUACAUACAGCAUAAGCAUCAACUACACACGCUAACCAACCGCUUAAAGCGUAAUACAGCUAGAAAAGGAAGAAAACCAUGCAUCAAAAAGCAUUAAAACGAAAAAACGGAACACUUCUCAUUUAUAGUUAUCGUUAACCGUAAGCCCUGCUGCGGCAUAAUCAAAUGACAAACUUCUGCUCAGGCUACCGAAAAUGGUCUACUCCUGGUCUAUCUGCCGACUGUUUUACCAUUCGUUUUCAGGUUUCUCUUCCCCAGAACCAUGCACCAAACGCAACACUCUGUCAAUUGCCAACAAAUCGCCCAUCCUUGCAGGGUCCAAUCGGGACACUGGACGAGUGUCUGGUGUUAUUCGCCCACGAACACCGUGAUGCUUUGUUGUGGAAACUAGACUUUUAUAAACAUGUAGUCACCAGCGCCAUCGGAAUCCGGCCACACUAUCACAUCGCGAGCGACCGCGCCAAUGCUGCCAAAUUGUUGCUUUUCUUUACUCUUAUACACUGACAUACAUACCCAACACACACAUACACAUAUAUGAAAGUACAAUUGUCGGAGAGCCAAAUUGUGUGCUGAACAAUAACCUUUCCUCUUCCCGUCGAUGUUUGUCGGGGCUGUUGAGUUGGCAUGUAUUUUGGUGUCCUACCCUGGGUCUCGAGAACAUCUUGGCCCUAUCCGAUCCGAUAUCUUCCGUUCGCUAGUUCACCAUGCGAAUUCCAUAGAAUCCGUCCCGAUACGGAGGGAAGGAAGAAAUGAACAAAACAAUGGAAUCGAUGCUGCAUUUUCAAUCUCGCUUGAGCAAAAGCGGCAGAAACGAUAACAAGGUACAGAAUGACGAUCGCUACCCAGAAGAGCAGUGUGGGAACAGAAAAUGUUGGACGAAACAGAAACAUUUGAAACAAAUAUUAUCCCAUGUGAUUCUACCAAUCUCACCGUAUAUAGUUAACGCGGCGUCACAGCCCACUGACCGGCGUGACGCCGUGUAUCGAUGUGUAUUGUUACUGUGUGCAGUGGGGGAAGCGCAGGUGGCUGGCCACAGCGAGGUGGACUACUUGCCGCCACCAACCAUGCGACCGUUGUUAUGCAUAUUUAAUGUUAAAGUGAACAUCCGACGCAGUUCCGGUAGAGAGCUGCUAUGCAGUUUGUCCAACCGUUAGUUGAUGAAAAUCAUUGUCGUUUAGAAACCAAAAUAAAACAACAAAACGGAAAAGAAAAACAAUCGAACAGUAACAGUAAAGUCCACUAACCAAACGCAACAAGAAGUCAAACACGAAAUAAAAGUUCUGGAUGUUACACUACAGCGAUGAUCCUCUGUGGAACACGAGUUCCUUUGCCGAUUCUGCUGGUCGUGUCCGUUGUGUUCUGGCCGUAUUGUUCUGCUGUCGUUUUGGGAUCUUGAAAGAACGGUAAAAAUAAAACAACUAUAAGAAGAGCUUUGAUAGCGAGUGUUCAAACGGUAGAGUACUGGAGAGUGUGAUAUUCUUGGAUACACAUUUUUACUUUACUAUUCAAGAAUACUUUUGAUACAUAUUUUCUGCAUUUUUUUUGCUAAACUUCGCCAAAAUGAUGAAAGUUGAUCGAAAUUGAAAAAACUAAUUGAAAGUAAAGAAUUAACUUUUCCAGAAGACUUGCUUACUUGGCAAGAGCUGUCCCUAGUUCUUUACUAGCUACGUUAGGUGGAAUCUUUAUUCAUCUUGUUUUUCCAAAAUUAGCACAAGGCAUACUCGCGUAACGUAGCACUGCACAGCUUGAUCAGUGAUCGUAGACGAACGGUUAGAGACUCCAUGUAGCAAAACAUGUCAAAAUCGGUAAAGCCAAAUACUCCCCCAAAGUGUCCCAAUAUUCCCCGAUUCUUUUGUGGCAUUUUACAGAUGCGCUUUGCGAUAGUCUUCAAAACAAUUUGUUGUCGAGUGGCCACAAUUUUGUGACUUUCAGUUUCAAUAUUUAUCUUUUCAUUUCCACCCCCCCGCGACGAGAGUGCGGAAACAAAAAGCUUCUAAAAUACGAAGCCUCCCAAAGGAUGCGUAGGACUAGUCCGAAUGUGAAUGUGCUAAAUACGAUAAGAACGUUACUUUUGACGUGAAUUCAACGUGAAACCAAACCCAAAAGAAAAUAGUAGGAAAUCUAUCGUGUUGCUAAGUCUCAAACGAACCCCAUUUUGAAAGGCCACAUCAAUGAGGAAGAGGAAGGCCACUGGUGAGGUACGAAGCAGCAAAACGCGUUAAUCAUACGUCAUACCGAGCAUCUUUCAUACGUGACAUGAGUAGGACUGUGGGUUGGCUAGGAUAAUGGAAUUGAUACCGAAAAAAAAACAAUGGCGUACCAACUAAAAGCGGCACCGACAAAGACAAGUACAUUAAUGGGGCUGAUUGCGAACAAGGAACGAUGGCAGGAAAAUAUUCAAACGUUGUUGGAUUAUUCAAAUACUUACAAACAUACGGGGAAACUGAUCCAACGACGUUUGAGUAGAGUGAACGGAGACCAAUGUGCAAAACCAGCACGGCACGGCAUUGAGAUGAGUGCGAGAGUAUGAAAGCGAAAAUUCGUAGAAUAAAAACCUAACCGGAUGGGUUUUGACGGACGGAAAUGCGUGAUAUACGGAAGAAUAACAGGAGUUCAAAAAAAUGCGUGCGAACGGUACGGUGUGACGCAAAAGUAAAAGGGGGAAUCCGAUACAAGAAG